CAAGAAGGAAGGAGCAGUGUGAGGUGAACUUUAUCGAACAGCAGCGUCUUCACUUACAAUGGCCUCCCGGCUGUCUUGGCAGAUCAAGUGCUCAUUGUGUUUAGGUGAUUUCACUGAUCCGGUCAGUCUGUCUUGCGAACACUCUUUUUGCCGCCAGUGCAUUACAGGUCACCUGCGGGCCAGCCUGGGCCAAAGCUUCUGCCCGGAUUGCCAAAAGCCUUACAUAGCUGGAGACCUGCGGCCCAGCCGGCUGCUCAGGAAUGUGACGGAAGCUGUACGGGAGCAUCUCACAGUCCAGAAAGCCAAAGGGAUCAUGACUUCACCUACCGAUUCUCCAGCAGGCCUGAUGGACACGCUGGUAUGUGCUGAACACGAUGAGAAGCUCAAACUCUUCUGUGAAACGGACCAGAAGCUGGUAUGCGUGGUGUGUCGAGAUGGGCAGAAGCACAAGGACCACCAGUUCAAACCUGUGAAAGAGGCGGCUCAGAUAGUGAAGGGAAUAGUGAAGGGUGCGCUAGGCUUCCUGGCCAAAGAGAAUAGAGAGCUGGAAGACAUGACCCAAAAACAGGCAGCUGAGAUCACUAAAACUGAGUUGAGAUCCACACGCCUGUCAGCCCAGACAUCUGCCCAUUUGGCGGAGUUGCACCAGUUCCUGAGGAAGAAAGAAGAAGAGGCAAAGAAGCAACUGGAGGACAAGGAGAAGGAUGCUGUCAAAUCUAUGUGGAGGAACUCAUCCAAAAUCAGUGAAGAACUGAUGGAAGGAAAAGAGACAGAGUGCAUUCUUCAGUCUGCGCUGGAUAUUAGUCAACCUGACCGCUUUCUACAGUGGUGGAAUGAAAAGGGAUUUGCUGUUUUAGAGGGGAUGAAGCAGAAAGACAACACGGAAACUGAAAUCAAGUACAGAUCAAAGGUGAAAGGGCUUCAUGUGAUUCCUGACUCUCUCUUCCUCGGCCCGUACGAGACUCACCUGCAGUUCUUUGUAUGGAAGGAGAUGCUGGGAGCUGUUAAACCAGUUCCUGAGAGUUUGAGCAUAAAGGACCCUGCAGACUCCUACCUGAAGGUGGCCCCAGGAGGUGCACACGUAUGGCAGGCCGAGAGGAAGUCCAGCUAUUUUAAGGGCUACAAUCCUGGCGUCGUUUCCACGGAGACCUUCCAAACCGGACAGCACUACUGGGAGAUUGAAGUGGGAAAGAAGUUAGACUGGAGCGUCGGAGUUAAGAUGGAGAAGGAACCACAAAAAGCAUCAUCAAAAUCAAACGGGAUCCAUCUCCACCUCAGGCAGGGCAAAGGAUAUAUCUUCAGUUCUGAUGGAAAAGAGUUUCCUGCUGCGAUCAAAGGAAAGCCCAGCAAAAUUGGGCUCUACCUUGACUGUGAGAGAAAGCAGAUCUCUUUCUAUGAUGCUGACGUCAUGGCUCUGAUUCUUGUAACAGGCUACAGUUCAGACCUGCCCUGCUCCAUUAGUCUUUUUCCAGGGCUUUAUCUUGAUGGAACAAACAACGACCCUGUCACAAUAUGCUCAUAUAAGUGUAAGUAAGAUAGGUUUUCACAUUCUGUUGGCAACGCAACCCACACUGCCAAACAUCUACCUAACCGACAACGUGGACUCAUGCUGCCAGCCAACAAAAACACCUCUUUGAUGUUAUAAAGGUGUCAAAGGCUGAUGUCGUUAAGUGGAAAAUAUUUAGUAUGAUUGAAUAACUUAAAAAAUCCCAACCCUGGGACUUUCUUUACAAGAUCUUCUUUCUUGUUAUUUAUCUUUAAGUAGUUUGGUCCUCAACCAACAACUAUACAAAACUGACCAAUACAACACUAUUGUUAUCCAAUAUUCUUCUUCUUUUUCUUCUUAAUUUCUGUCGGAUAUUUGUCUGCUAACUUGUCCUGCAGUUUUUGAGGCAUUGACACUGAGCCAACUCCAGAAUGUUUGGUCUGAUUGUGAGAUGUGGACCUUUUCUGUCCAGCUUUCUUUAUUUGAUGUAAGGUUUCCACAUAGCAACCAUUUGUUCCCAUAGGAAUUAGUGUGACCAAAAGUUUGACCUUCUUGGGUCACAAUGAUGCAAGAACACAUGCAAUGCACUGGCAACCACCUGGGAUACCAUACAGAUGACCUAAUAACACCCUGGCAACCUCCUGGAGUGUCAUAACAACUAUCUAGCAACACAAUAGCAAGCACAAGAGACACCAUAGCAGCUGCUAAAAAAAACCCUAGCAACCAUGUGGCAUACUAUAGCAACCAAACAGCAUCACCAUUACAGCCGCCUGGAACACUAUAGCAACUGCCUUGCUACUACUAGGGAUACAAUAGAAAACAUCUAGUAACACCCUAGCAACCUCCUGGAACACCAUAGCAACUGCCUUCUGUACCAGGGAUACAAUAGAACAUCUGGUAGCACCCUAGCAACUACAUGGAACACUAUUAACUGCCUGCCAACUACCAGGGAUACAAUAGUAAACAUCUAGUAACAUCCUAGCAACCACCUGGAACACCACAGCAACUGCCUGGCAACCACUAAGAAUACAAUAGCAAACAUCUAGUAACACCCUAGCAACCAACAGGAGCCCCAUAGGAACAGCCUUCUGUACCAGGGAUACAAUGGCAAACAUCUAGUAACACCAUAGCAGCCACCUGGAACACCACAGCAACUGCCUGGCAACAACCAGGGCCUGAUACGUCACUGGAUCCUCUGAAUUACUGAAUUACUCAUAGAGAAAACCAGCUCAGACCCAGAGCUCCAAAUAUGGGCAUGAACGUGACCAAACGCGACCAAAAGUUUGUAUACCCUGGUGUCACCAUGAUGCAUAUACACAUGCAACACCCUAGCAACCACCUGGGAUACCACACAAACUCUGAAGCCAUGAAUGACACAAGUUCAGAGGUCUAUUUAUGGUGUAAUGUGGUGUUUUUUAGUUAAGAGGGUGUAUAAAGUGUGAAAUCAGAAUCCUUGUAGGCUUUCACUCUCGACGACCCUUGAAGACCCUUCAAAAGCUCUAAGAACCUUUUAUCAUGAGAGAAACCGCUGCGUAAGCCUGUGGAAACAAACCAAUUGUUUCCAGUCACAUCACUGAGUACUGUAUGUACCAUGUGAACAUCUGUGUAGGAAUGUUAAGUGGGAAGCCUAUCUUUAACCUUUUUAGUGAGGUUAACACACAGAAUGUGCUUUCAAACAUGAUACACUUUGUCUGUCUGGGCUCUGGAUCGGUCUUGUGUAAUCAAGCCCACGCAUUUCCGUUCUCGCUUCUUUUUCUGGACGUUCUCCAACUGACACUAAAAUUCUUGACUACUUUUCAAAAGCCCACUUGAGUUCUAUAAUAAGUCCUUGGUGUAAAUAUGCAGUUUAUUUCAGAACCAGCAUCAUAGCAAAUCAUUUGCAUUUGUAUGAUUCAUAUAUACUUUGUGAUUUUUACAUCUAGUCUGUACACAAUGAUAUAACUGUACAACUAUUAUAACUGUAUGACUGUAUUUUCUCAUCUGUUUAUUUGUUUUUGUUUUUAAAUGCCCAUACCCUACAUUUUUCUUGUAUUUUAUUUCCUCUCAUGGUCCACUUAGACUGUUUGUGUGGUUUUAUGUGCCAAAAACAUAAUUCAUAUUUACAUGAUUAUCUUCCAACUGUUCCUUAUCCUUUAUAAAUUUAAAUUUAAA